AUGAGCAUCAAAGCUAUCUGUACAGCGCAGAAGGACGACAAAAUUUGCCAAGCACUUAUCAAGUUCAGCACGACCGGAUGGCCCUCUCGCCGCGAUCUUAGCCCAGAAAUGAAAGUUUACUGGGAGUGCAGAAACAGCAUCGCCCUUGCAGAUAACCUCCUCAUGUUGAAGGACCGGAUUGUCGUACCAGCCUCGCAUCGGAAGUAUGUGCUGCAGCAGAUACACAGCGGCCACCAGGGAAUGGUGAAAUGCAAAGCAAGGGCUAAAGACAGCGUUUGGUGGCCAAGUAUAGCGCAGGACAUCGAGAACUUCGUUCGCAGCUGUAUUCCCUGCACUGAACAUGCAGUGAACCGAAAGGAGCCAUUACUCCAAACACCGUUCCCCCGGAGACCUUGGCAAAAGGUGGCUAUGGACCUUUUUUUCAUUAACAGACGAUGGUGGCUCAUCGUAGUAGAUUAUUACUCUCGAUUCCCGGAGAUCGUCCCGCUCCACAACCUUUCAUCGGCGACGGUGACAGAGCAUUGCAAAUCUAUCUUUGUGCGUCAUGGAAUCCCAGAGGAGGUCAUCAACGGACCUCAGUUCUCCGGAGAGCAAGCAUCACAGUUUAAGAAGUUCGCCGAGAUGUACCAGUUUCGCCACGUCACAUCAAGCCCUCGGUACCCCCAAAGUAACGGCCUCGCGGAAGCCGCUGUAAAAAUCAUCAAGAAUUCAAUGAAAAAGACUGGCGACCCCUACGAGUCACUACUCGCCUACCGAUCAUCUCCUCUGCAAAAUGGGUACUGUCCCUCUGAACUACUAAUGGGUCGGAGACUUCGGACAACCAUACCGACUCCUGACAGCAACCUUCUGCCUAAGAUCCCAGACUACAACGAGUUACAACGGAAGGAGCUGAUGCUGAAAAACAGUCAGGCAGCCGCCUAUAACUCUCGCCAUGGGGUUCGACGUUUACCGGAACUCAACAAGGGAGAUAAGGUCUGGCUCAUCGACCUCAAACGUCGGGGAAUCGUGGAACGAAGGGCCGGCACACCACGGUCGUUCUGGGUGAAGACAAACGGAAAGGACGUGCGCCGAACGAGGAGUCACCUGGUGCGCUACCACUCCUCAUGCGACCAAGAUGAAGGGAGACUUCCAGCAUCACGGGACGUGCAGUGUGAAAGUUUUCACGGAGCACUGCCAUUACAGGAGACUACACCCGGGAUAGAACCAACGUCUACACAUGACACAGACGACUCGUCUGUGGCCACUGGCGAUUCUACCGUUAGGCAAGGGGAAAGUGCUUCUGAGGAAAAGUGCAGGGACUCGCACCAACAUACUCGGAGAGCAACAGUUGGUAUGUGUGACAUUAAAGAAGAACCUCGAGAGGAAUCUUCACAGGAAGAUCCAAACAUAGAAGUGAAAACAGAGGCUUACAAUGUCGUGCUUUUGGGAGGACAGGAACCGAUGGGACACAGAUGCGACCCAAUAUCAGAAGGAGCAACACUUGGGAUGUGUCACAUUAAAGAGGAACAUCAAGAGAACUCUUCGAAUGAACAUCAAAUUGUACAAGUGAAGACAGAGCCUUACAAUGUUGCACUCUUGGCAGAGAAGGACCAGAUGGGACACAGCUGUCUGUCAGCAUCAGAGGGAGCAAGAGGAAGCACUGGUUUGCUCCGCGUUAACGACCAGCCCAGAGGCACUUGUGAUCAAGCAGCAUCUUCUGAUUGCACUUCUUCAGAGGCACAGUUCAAUAUCAGCACAAUAACCAUUGAACCGCAGUUCAACAACACUUCACCAGUCACUAUGGACAGUCCUCCCAUGGAGCAACCUCCAGACCAGAGCAAGCCAUGUGCACUUGCGUGCACGUCGAAAGACAGCCCGAGACGCCACAUGCUUGCACAGUGUCACAGUGAGUCUGAGAAGUGUCCAGCUACUCCAUCAGAGGAUCAGAUGGGAGAGGAGGGUUUUAGGUACGACAUCUGUCCCUCUGCAUUCUUGCCGUCUGGCAGUGACACGAGUCACGUGUCAAAGCGUACUGACGAGGAGUCAUGCAAGUCCGACCACUGUCCUGCACAGUUCCACCAGAGGAGGAGUCUGCGGUGUCACAGGCAAACGCACAUGAACCAGCAGUUGUACAAGAAUGAUACCUGCCCUGCGAAGUUCAGCCGUAUUGUGCACCGGCGGCUUCGCAAGCGAGCAGACACUCGCGAAAAACUGUACAAGUGUGAUGCCUGCCCGGCAGAGUUCAGCCGGACCUGGCACCUACAGCGUCACAAGCGGACACACAGGGGUGAGAAACCGAAUAAGUGCGAUCUGUGUCCCGCUGAGUUCAGCCAGAGCAAGAGCCUGUUGGAUCACAAACUGACGCAUAUGGGCGAGAAAACACAGAAGUUCAAUGUUUGCCCUGCGGAGUUCGGUCGGAGAAGGAGCUUUCAGAAGCACAAGUGGACACACACGAGCAAGAAGCCAUAUAAGUGCGAUGCCUGCCAAGCGAAGUUCAGCCAUAACGAACAUCUCCAGCGUCACAAGCGGACACACACCGGCGAGAAACCAUACAAGUGCGAUGCCUGCCCAGCAGCGUUCAGUGAGAGAGGGAACCUACAGCAGCACAAGCGGACCCACACGGGCGAGAAGCCAUACAAGUGCGAUGUCUGCCAAGCAAAGUUCAGCCAGAGCGGGCACCUACAGCGUCACAAGCGGACACACAAAGGCGAGAAACCGUAUAAGUGCGAUCUCUGUCCUGCUGGGUUCAGCAAGAGCAAGAGCCUGUCAGAUCACAAACUGACGCACACGGGUGAGAAGCCACACAAGUGCGAUGCCUGCCCAGCGAAGUUCAGCCAUAACGAACACCUCCAGCGUCACAAGCAGACACACACCGGCGAGAAACCAUACAAGUGUGAUGCCUGCCAAGCGGAGUUCAGUGAGAGAGUGAACCUACAGCACCACAAGCAGACACACACGGGCGAGAAGCCAUACAAGUGCGAUGUCUGCCCAGCGAAGUUCAGCCAGAGCGGGCACCUACAGCGUCACAAGCGGACACACAGGAGCGAGAAGCCGUACAAGUGUGAUCUCUGUCCUGCAGGGUUCAGCCAGAACAAGAGCCUGUCGUAUCACAAACUGACGCACACAGGCAAGAAAACAUACAAGUGCAGUGUUUGUUCUGCAGAGUUCGGUCAUAGAGGGAACUUACAGCAGCACAAACUGACACACACAGGCGAGAAGCCAUACAAGUGCGAUGUCUGCCCAGCGAAGUUCAGCCAGAGCGGGCGCCUACAGCGUCACAAGCGGACACACAGGAGCGAGAAGCCGUACAAGUGUGAUCUCUGUCCUGCUGGGUUUAGCCAGAGCAAGAGCCUGUCGGAUCACAAACUGACGCACACAGGCAAGAAAACAUCCAAGAGCAGUAUUUCUUCUGCGGAGUUUGGUCAGAGAGGGAAGUUACAGCAGCACAAGUGGACACACACGGGCGAGAAGCCAUACAAGUGCGAUGCCUGCCCAGCGAAGUUCAGCCAUAACGAACAUCUCCGGCGUCACAAGCGGACACACACCGGCGAGAAACCAUACAAGUGCGAUGCCUGCCCAGCGGCGUUCAGUGAGAGAGGGAACCUACAGCAGCACAAGCGGACACACACGGGCGAGAAGCCAUACAAGUGUGAUGUCUGCGCAGCGAAGUUCAGCCAGAGUGGGCACCUCCAGCGUCACAAGCGGACACACAGGGGCGAGAAACCGUACAAGUGCGAUCUCUGUCCUGCUGGGUUCAGCCAGAGCAAGAGCCUGUCGUAUCACAAACUGACGCACACAGGCAAGAAAACAUCCAAGUGCAGUGUUUCUUCUGCGGUGUUCGGUCAGAGAGGGAACUUACAGCAGCACAAGCUGACACACACGGGCGAGAAGCCAUACAAGUGCGAUGCCUGCCCAGCGAAAUUCAGCCAUAACGAGCAUCUCCAGCGUCACAAGCGGACACACACCGGCGAGAAACCAUACAAGUGCGAUGCCUGCCCAGCGGCGUUCAGUGAAAGAGGGAACCUGCAGCAGCACAAGCGGACACACACGGGCGAGAAGCCAUACAAGUGUGAUGUCUGCCCAGCGAAAUUCAGCCAGAGCGGGCACCUCCAGCGUCACAAGCGGACACACAGGGGCGAGAAACCGUACAAGUGCGAUCUCUGUCCUGCUGAGUUCAACCAGAGCAAGAGCCUGUCGGAUCACAAACUGACGCACACGGGCGAGAAAACAUACAAGUGCAAUCUUUGCCCUGCGAAAUUCGGGCAGAGAGGGAACUUAAAGCAGCACAGGCGGACACAUACGGGCGAGAAGACAUACCAGUGCGAUGCAUGCCCGGCGGAGUUCAGCCAGAACGGACAGCUCCAGCGUCACAAGCGAACACACACCGGCGAGAAACCAUACAGGUGUGGUGCUUGCCCAGCGGAGUUCAGUGAGAGAAGGAGCCUGCAGCAGCACAAGCGGACACACAUGGGUGUGAAGCCAUACAAGUGCGAUGCCCGCCGUGCUGACCUCUGCCUGAGGAGGAACCUACGGCAGCGUAAGCGGACACACACGGGCGAGAUGCUAUACAUGUGUGAUGUCUGCCCUGGUAAUUUCAGCCUGAGCAGGAACCUACGGCAGCACAAGCGGGCAUACACGAGCGAGAAGCCAUAAAAGUACGACGUCUGUCCUGCGGAGUUCAGUCAGAGCAGACACCUACAGAGUCACAAGACAGACAGACUCGAAGCCAUACAGGAGCAUUCCCUGUUCUGCAAACUUGAGGUAGUGCCAAACCUGCAGCGUUACAACUGCAUGCAGGUACAUGGGUGUGAAGCCCUACAAAGGCUACUUCUGUUAUGCAGUGAUCAGUCACAGGACCAGCAGGCACCAGCCAGCGAACCAAAAAGCUGCUGGCCGAGCACGAGCUAGUUCAGCCAGAGCAGGAACCUGUGGCUUCACAUGUCUCCACAAGACACUUGAGAUUUGAAACUGUGCAAGUACAGAUGCCAUGUACACGCGAAAGAAUCCGUCCAAUUAAGUGUCACUUCUG